UUUUAAAGAACAUUGUUGCAUGACAAACUUUAUGUUUUUGAGACUACACGUUUUUAAUAGUCCGUAUUCACAAGAUGGCACAGACGUUUUGCCUCCUUUCCUCUGCAGGCCCAGUGCACUGAACGUCCUUUAGUAGUCGAGUGUUAGUGAUGAACCACAGGAAACGGAACACUACCCACUUGUCCACAGCGAGACUCCUGCAUCAUUAUCCUGUCUCUGUGGUUGGGACGACUCUGGAAUACCGACGCUUUAUGGAAUAUUGUCGAAGCGGUAGGAAUACCAUCGAGAAGAAGCAGGAAACAUGAGCGUGGAGGCGUACGGGCCGAACUCGCAGACCCUGACGUUCCUGGACACCGAGGAGUCGGAGCUGCUGGGAGCGGACACCCAGGGCUCCGAGUACGACUUCACCGAUUUUACCUUGCCCAGCCAGACCCAGACCCAGACCCAGACCCAGACCCACAGCCAGUCAGAUAACCAGGUCAGCGGUUCUGAUGUUUUGCUGCAGAAUGGAGAUGACCCUGUGGCGAAAGCUAGCCAGCUCCUUGCAGAAUUAAACUUUGAGGAAGAUGAGGAGGAUGCUUACUAUAGCAAGGACCUCCCAUUGCAUGCCUGCUGUUGUUCUGUUUUUUAUUCCUGGCAUUUCUGUAGUUACUGUGGAAUUCACGAUCCAGCCUGUGUGGUCUACUGCAACACCAGCAAGAAAUGGUUCUGUAAUGGCCGUGGAAAUACAUCCGGCAGCCACAUCGUGAACCACCUGGUGAGGGCCAAGUCCAAGGAGGUGACCCUGCACAAAGAUGGGCCUCUGGGAGAGACGGUGUUGGAGUGCUACAACUGUGGCUGCCGCAACGUCUUCUUGCUGGGUUUCAUCCCAGCCAAGGCCGACUCAGUGGUGGUGUUGCUGUGCAGACAGCCGUGUGCCAGUCAGAGUAGCCUGAAGGACAUUAACUGGGACAGCUCCCAGUGGCAGCCACUCAUCCAGGACCGCUGCUUCCUGUCUUGGCUGGUUAAAAUCCCCUCAGAACAGGAGCAGCUCCGGGCCCGGCAGAUCACCGCCCAGCAGAUCAAUAAGCUGGAGGAGCUGUGGAAGGAAAAUCCCACUGCUACUCUGGAGGACCUGGAAAAGCCUGGAGUGGACGAGGAGCCACAGCACGUCCUCCUGCGAUAUGAGGAUGCCUAUCAGUACCAGAAUAUCUUUGGUCCUCUUGUAAAGCUGGAGGCUGACUAUGAUAAGAAACUGAAAGAGUCACAGACUCAAGAAAAUAUAACGAUUAGAUGGGACCUGGGCCUGAAUAAAAAAAGGAUUGCUUAUUUCACCCUUCCCAAGACUGACUCUGAUAUGCGACUAAUGCAGGGUGAUGAAAUCUGCCUCAGAUAUAAAGGAGACCUGGCCCCUCCAUGGAAAGGCAUUGGACAUGUCAUCAAAGUUCCUGACAACUACGGCGAUGAGAUUGCCAUUGAGCUUCGGAGUAGUGCUGGAGCUCCAGUGGAAAUCCCUCAUAACUUCCAGGUGGACUUUGUGUGGAAGUCCACCUCCUUUGACAGGAUGCAGAGCGCCCUGAAAACUUUUGCUGUGGAUGAGACUUCAGUUUCUGGCUACAUCUAUCACAAGUUGCUGGGACACGAGGUGGAGGACGUGCUCAUUAAGUGCCAGCUGCCUAAACGGUUCACUGCUCAAGGCCUGCCUGACCUCAACCACUCUCAGGUCUAUGCUGUGAAGACGGUGUUGCAGCGACCCCUCAGUCUGAUCCAGGGCCCCCCUGGCACAGGGAAGACGGUCACCUCAGCUACCAUAGUGUACCAUUUGGCUAGGCAGGGAAACGGACCAGUGCUGGUGUGUGCUCCUAGUAACAUUGCUGUUGAUCAGCUGACUGAGAAGAUUCACCAGACGGGGCUGAAGGUAGUGAGACUUUGUGCCAAAAGCAGGGAAGCUAUUGAUUCUCCGGUGUCUUUCCUGGCUCUGCACAACCAGACCCGGAACAUGGAAAGCAUGCCGGAGCUGCAGAAACUCCAGCAGCUGAAGGAUGAGACCGGAGAGCUGUCGUCCUCUGACGAGAAGCGCUACAGAGCUCUGAGACGCACUGCUGAGCGGGAGCUGCUCAUGAAUGCCGAUGUGAUCUGCUGCACAUGUGUUGGAGCAGGAGAUCCACGUCUGGCUAAAAUGCAGUUCCGAUCUAUCUUGAUUGAUGAAAGCACUCAGGCCACAGAACCAGAGUGCAUGGUGCCGGUUGUCCUUGGGACCAAACAGCUGAUUCUGGUGGGGGAUCACUGCCAGCUAGGACCUGUGGUGAUGUGUAAGAAGGCAGCAAAAGCAGGCCUGUCCCAGUCUCUGUUUGAGCGCCUUGUGGUUCUGGGCAUCAGGCCUAUCCGUCUGCAGGUCCAGUACCGCAUGCACCCGGCCCUCAGCGCGUUCCCCUCCAACAUCUUCUAUGAGGGCUCCUUGCAGAAUGGAGUUACUGCUGCUGAUCGGGUGAAAAAAGGCUUUGAUUUCCAGUGGCCACAGCCAGACAAGCCCAUGUUCUUCUAUGUCACCCAAGGCCAAGAGGAGAUAGCAAGCUCUGGAACAUCCUAUCUGAACAGAACUGAGGCUGCCAAUGUGGAGAAAAUAACCACAAGGUUACUGAAGGCUGGGGCUAAACCUGACCAGAUCGGCAUCAUCACUCCCUAUGAAGGACAGCGGUCCUACCUGGUCCAGUACAUGCAGUUCAGUGGCUCCCUCCAUACCAAGCUCUAUCAGGAAGUGGAAAUCGCCAGUGUGGAUGCCUUCCAAGGCAGAGAGAAAGAUUUCAUCAUCCUUUCCUGUGUGAGAGCCAAUGAGCACCAGGGCAUUGGCUUCCUCAAUGACCCCAGACGUCUCAACGUGGCGCUCACCAGGGCCCGAUACGGAGUGAUCAUUGUGGGGAAUCCGAAGGCCCUGUCCAAGCAGCCUCUGUGGAACCACCUGCUCAACUAUUACAAGGAGCAGAAGGUUCUUGUAGAAGGCCCAUUAAACAACCUGAGAGAGAGCCUCAUGCAGUUCAACAAGCCACGGAAGCUGGUCAACGCCAUCAACCCAGGUGGCCGCUUCAUGAGCACAGCCAUGUAUGAUGCCAGGGAGGCGCUGAUUCCUGGCUCUGUUUAUGACCGCAGCAGCAACGGCAGACCUUCCAACAUGUACUUCCAGACUCAUGACCAGAUCGGUAUGAUCUGUUCCGGAAUCGGUCCAAUGUCGUCCAUGAACAUUCCUAUUCCCAUCAACCUUGUGAUGCCUCCUAUCCCUCCACCUGGUUAUUUAGGACAGCUGAACGGCCCCUCUGCAGGUCGUGGUGAAAGCAUGAAGAAUAAAUCAGCCGGCACAAGCGGCAGUGGAACUCGAGGUGCUCGUCAAAGAAACAGUGGAGACGUGGGAAUAGACGGAGUUCAGCCUGGAGGUCACAUGACUGGCAGCCAGGCUAGCCAGGACCAGGGCUCCCAGCCGUUCUCCCAGGGGCCCCUCACACAAGGCUACAUCAGCAUGAGUCAGCCCUCCCAGAUGAGCCAGCCUGGGCUCUCCCAGCCUGAACUGUCACAGGACAGUUACCUAGGAGAUGAAUUCAAGUCCCAGUUUGAUGUGGCUCUGUCCCAGGACUCCACAUACCAGGGGGAACGGGCCUACCAACAUGGAGUGACUGGACUGUCCCAGUACUAGAAUUGUUUCAGGGUGCUGGAACAGAGACCUGCCUGAAGCUUGGUUUGUUCGUAUUUUAAUCCGGGUAAUAGAAAAGGAACAAACAUGGAUUCCCGUUUUCCACUGCUACAACCGAAGCACCGCUGUGUGAGAGACGAGGAGACCGUGAGAAACCAACCAAUCACAAGAGUGAGAGCAAAAUGGGAGUAGAGCUGGACGGGAGGAGAAGGAGGCUGGCAUGGCAUCAGGAAGCACGGCUGCACACAUGUGAAGACGUACAGAAAGGAAACCGGUGUCCUCAGAGCAGCGAGGUCCGUCAACUGGUCAAGGAGUGGGACAGGUCUACAUGAUGGUGGACGGGUGUGAAGGGGACAGUUAUGUCAUUGUGUCCCUUAACCUUUGAAGUCCUCCAGGAGAGGACUUGGAAUCUUGUGCCAAAAGCUGGAGAAGAUCUGUCUCACACUAAACUCCUCCAACAUGGGAUCUUCUGGGAGGUGGAGUUAGACAAAAUAAAUGGAGACGUAACUCCAGGAGCAGUCGUUA